AUGGGCAAAACAGAGAAGGAUUUAAUUCCGACAUGCUUAACAGUCACCAACUUUGCUGUGGACUUCACUAAGACUCAUGGAAUACUGGAUGUGGAUGUCAUAGUAGGAACCAAGAAGCUAAAUAUUUCCUUUUUUGUGGUAGACACGACUUCUACCACUUACAAUGCACUACUUGGCAGAGAUUGGAUCCACCAGAGUCUAUGUGCUCCUUUCACUCUACACUAG